UUGGAUCAUGGCGCCACCGACGACGGCCGCGGAGACGGCGUACAUUUCGCUGCGUCCAAGCUACAAGAACAAACCCACGACCACGAAAAUGAAACAGAUCAUUGCGACGGUGCUGCAGCAAAAGCUAGACCACACAGCGUACCAGUCGGACAAGGCGUCGCAGCUGACCAAGGAGAUCGCCGACGCCGUCAAGCUCCAGCUCAAGGCAUGCGAGUUUCCUCGAUGCAAAUACGUGGUGCAAGUUGUGAUCGGAGAACAGCGAGGCGAAGGCGUGCGCAUGGGUUGCCGGUGCUUCUGGGAUGCAGAAACCGACUGCUACGCCACUGAAACGUUCACGAACGACAGCCUCUACUGCGUCGCCACGGCGUUUAGCGUGUACCUGUACUAACGAGUACUACGCGUUGUCAUGUAAAUGUGCUUGAAAUGAAACGUGAAUGGACGUCGUAUCCCCUCCAGACUCGGUUGAUAAGCUUAUUUGGUAAUUGGGAACCACCUUUCAG